AUGACCACGAAAUUACUUCAAAACGUAUUCAUCGUUAGGAAUGAUGCGACCACUGGCUCAGACGGCUCUCAACUAGCUCGGGCGAGGAUUGGUCUGCAGAAGACGUCCAGUGCUGUGGUGCAGCUCCGCGGUAGUUGUGCCUUUGCUUGCCGUUGGAACCGAUCCGGUGUUCAAGUUGUGCCAGAAGGAACCGGCAGGAAACAAACUACCAAGGACGCGUUCCUCCCUCGACAGCACUGCGCAGUGAUAUCCUGGUUACUGUGUAUACGUUUCUGCGCGUUCAUCGUGUACGGUUUUGCACACGGCAUCGCGUCUUCAAGGAUCGUCGCCGGUUACGACGCCAUGUCUCUGUCGAUCGUCGUGUUCCUGUCCACGCUUGCCUCCCUGGUGAUGACAACAGCGCCGGGCUGCCAGGCGAUGCCGCUGCACACGAACGGCGGCGACCGCUUCGGCCGCAACGUGGUAGGACCGGCCGUCGGUAACUGCACCAAGGACUCCAAGGCCAAGGCUGUCUGCGACGAGUGCAUCUUCGUCACCGGAGCCCGUGAAUCCUACGAGCCUUGCUGCAGGAACACCAACCACCUGCAGGAGUACUGCGAACAUUUCCUGCGGUACGCGCCGAGGUCGCUCGUGAACGUAACGGCGACAGAGCGCCAGCCGCUGGCAAGAACUGGGGUCUAG